AAGAAAGACACAAAUAUAUAAAAAAAGACUGAGAAAAAGAAAUGAAAUGCUUAAAACAUUACGGAGGAAAGUAGGUUGAGGGAAAACAGGAAAGAAGAGAUAGUGAUUUGAAGAACAGAAGAAUAAAUUAUGGCCAAUUUUCUAGACAACAUGCCCUUGCGAAGUUCUGGCAAGUUGAGCAUGGAGACCAGAAAAGAAGAUGGUGAGAGCACAGCACCUGCUCCUCCGCAGAAGAAGCUGUCCUGUCAGUGCCACCACCACUGUCCUGAGGACUCAGUCAACAGUACCUGCAGCACUGAUGGCUACUGCUUCACCAUAAUAGAAGAAGAUGAGUCUGGUGGACAUUUAGUCACCAAGGGAUGUCUUGGAUUAGAGGGCUCAGACUUCCAGUGUCGGGACACUCCUAUUCCACACCAAAGAAGAUCUAUUGAAUGUUGCACAGGCCAAGAUUACUGUAACAAACACCUUCACCCUACGCUGCCACCACUGAAAAAUCGUGACUUUGCUGAAGGAAACAUUCACCAUAAGGCCCUGCUGAUCUCGGUCACUGUUUGCAGUAUACUUCUGGUGCUUAUUAUCAUAUUCUGCUACUUCAGAUACAAACGCCAAGAGACGAGGCCUCGCUACAGCAUCGGGCUGGAGCAGGAUGAGACCUACAUUCCCCCUGGAGAGUCCCUGAAGGAUUUGAUCGAGCAGUCCCAGAGCUCAGGGAGUGGCUCCGGGCUCCCUCUCCUGGUUCAAAGGACCAUUGCAAAACAAAUUCAGAUGGUAAAGCAGAUCGGAAAAGGUCGGUAUGGAGAAGUCUGGAUGGGAAAGUGGCGCGGUGAAAAGGUAGCCGUCAAAGUGUUUUUUACCACGGAGGAGGCCAGCUGGUUCAGAGAAACAGAAAUCUACCAGACUGUCCUGAUGAGGCAUGAAAAUAUUCUUGGGUUCAUUGCUGCAGACAUUAAAGGUACAGGGUCUUGGACCCAGCUGUAUCUCAUCACCGACUACCAUGAGAAUGGUUCACUUUAUGAUUAUCUAAAAUCUACUACCUUGGACACAAAAGCCAUGCUAAAACUGGCUUACUCCUCCGUUAGUGGCUUGUGCCACCUGCACACUGAGAUCUUCAGUACUCAGGGCAAACCCGCUAUUGCCCACCGUGACCUAAAAAGUAAGAAUAUCCUGGUGAAAAAGAACGGCACCUGCUGUAUAGCAGAUUUAGGCUUGGCUGUUAAAUUUAUCAGUGACACAAAUGAGGUAGACAUACCUCCAAAUACCCGUGUAGGAACAAAACGCUAUAUGCCUCCUGAGGUGUUGGAUGAAAGCUUGAAUAGAAAUCACUUCCAGUCGUACAUCAUGGCUGAUAUGUACAGUUUUGGACUCAUCCUGUGGGAGAUAGCAAGGAGAUGCGUUUCAGGAGGAAUAGUUGAGGAAUACCAGCUUCCGUACCACGACCUUGUGCCCAGUGACCCCUCAUAUGAGGACAUGCGGGAGAUUGUGUGCAUCAAGAGACUACGCCCUUCAUUUCCCAACAGAUGGAGCAGUGAUGAGUGCCUACGGCAGAUGGGGAAGCUGAUGAUGGAGUGCUGGGCUCACAACCCCGCCUCCCGACUCACAGCCCUGCGGGUCAAGAAAACACUUGCCAAAAUGUCAGAGUCGCAGGACAUUAAACUCUGACUUGACCAGGGACAGCUCUCGUGGUGCCCAUGGAAACAGACUUUCUUGUGCAGGCAUUCCUGAGGAGGUAUCAAAAGUCUUCACUAAUAAGUACUUUGAAUGCAGUCACGCUUAAGAGCAACUGUAAGUUUGUUUGACAGCUUUUGAGGAGACUAUCCUUUGCAAAAAUCAGCUGAAUUUUGACAUACGAGAUUGAAAGAGGCUUGUCUGCCCUUGUUUACACGGGGAAAUACAGUUUAAGUAACUGGUUUAAGAUUAUGCAUGUUGCUUUCCAUGAAAGCCACUUACUAUUUUAUUAUUAUUAUUGUUAUUAUUAUUAUUUUGAUUGUUUAGAAAGAUACGGCUUUAAAUUUUAUGAGAAUAAAACUUUUGGUUAGAAGUAAAAAAGAUGUAUAUUGUUACAUUUAAAAAAUUGGAGGAAACUGUGCUGAAAAUGAAAGCAAAUUGACUUUUUCAUUAAUAAAGAGACUGUUGCACUCCAGCAUUUAAAAAAAAAAACAAGGCAAGUGGGUCUGUGCAGCUCAGAGGAGCUGUAAUGGAAACCAUCUUAAAAGCUGCCUGCCUGUGGAGAUGACUUUCCAUGGCUCUGCACGUGUGAGAUGGAGCCCAGUUACAUCCCUGCCAUCGUUAGCAGAGGCGGCCAGGUUCCCAUGGAUGGCCUGUCCCAAGGGAGGUCAUGCUUACCAUAAUUGGGAGCCAUAUGAAUAUGGUUCAGUGUGAUUUGUGUGAAGAAGCUCUUCGUGUUUCCAGGAAAUCUGAUGGGUAUGGUGCCAGGAUGAUAAACAAGUGCCCCUUUUCUUGGCUUCUUCUUUUUUUUGUUUUCUUUUCCCCCCACUGCAAAAUAAAGUAUUUUGUGAGUGGAAAUGACGUCCACAUUUGGAUCCGCUGGUGAAUUUGAAACUGCUGUGACCUACAUACACAACUACUGGGUAAGAGGGAAGUUCUUUGUGAGAAAAAGUUAUUAGCAUGCUCUUUGAUCUGUGUAGAAGUGAGGUAUCCAUCUACAACCACAGUUGGAAAAAAAAAAAAAGUGUUGCCUUUUUUAAGGGAAAGUGGAAAAACCUCAGAAGUUCCUGGUUUUGGGAUGUCAGUCAUUUUUCUUUAAGCAUAAGGACACCUGGUGCUUCCCAGUCGCAGUAGGAAGCUGAUGAGGAAGGAGCAUGGGACUUGGGUGAAAGCUGGGCCCUAUGGCUGGCAGCAGGCUAGUGCCACCAGCACUUCUCCCACUAUAGUGAGAGGCACCCACAAACAGAAAAAUUUGGCUCAAGCUUUACAAUUUUGAGUGGCCUUCCAGCAGCCUCCAUGCCUCUGGGAGACACUGUGCAGUAGUGACAGGCUCUGCCACCAAGCUGGGGCUGCGUAGCAUCAUGGUUCCCAGCAAGAGAAGCUUUUAGGGCAGAAGAACAACAGGAAAUGUAUUUACCAUCUUUCCCCAUCCCUCCUUCCUGGGGCUGCAACAGUUGCUGCGAUGUUAAUACUACAAAAGGGGAAAUGAGAGGUGAAAUAUUCACUGUGAAGCAUUUUCUUUGGAAAGGUCUCUGUUCAUUGUCAGGUUAUCAAAGCUGAGCUGUAUGGGAGAUACCAGUUUACCCUUCUUUACCCUUAUUUUUUUAAUAUUUUUUGCCUGCCUGUGUCUUGUUUCACACUAGAUGGUGUUCGGUUUAUUUUGAAGUAAGUCCUUACAAAUGCUGCUUUGAUUACGCUAAGCCUAUUUCAGAACUUAUAUAAUUGCCAUGCUGGAUUUAGCCUCAACAUUUCCGUACUGUUUCUUUUUUCCCUUUUUGGACAAAACUGAUUUAUUUGUGGUAGGUAGGUACAUAAUUGGGGUUUAGCUUCACGGCUCCCCGAAGGUAUUUCUAGUUGGAAAAAUUACCGUUUUAUGCUUUCAAGCUAACAGAGAAAAAUGCAGAGGUUCAAGAGAAUCAGCAAGACCUCCAUGAUUAUAGGCGUUAAAAAGUUUAAUCAGAGGAUUUCUGUUAAUUAGAGUGCUUUACCACAGUGCAGUUUCCCUGCCUGUACCCAAAACUACUGAGCAAUACAAAAACAAAACCUCUGAGACUUAAUAGUACACCAAAUCCUGGCCCCAAGAGGAGUGAUGCUUGUUUUCCCUGUCCUUAAUAAACAGCUUGCUUUCCUGGCAGAGAGUGGAGUUUACUCCACUCCUUGACUGCAUUGGGUUGAAGAUUCGUGGCCCAAAAUGAGGAGGACAGCUCAGCCUCUCUUCACCUUUUUGUCUCAGUGAAUGGAGCCGCAGGGUUUCUACUAUCCUUUCAUCUUCAUGCCCUUUCAUGAAAACCAUAAAAACCAGCACAGCUCCAAGGAACGGAGGUUUCUUGGCUCUGACAAAGUGGAUGGGACCCUUGAUUUUGGCAGCAGUCAGGGCAGACUCAGUCAAUUCCACCUCCAAGCCGUCACAGGGAUGCCUCUUCCCUGCUGUGUUUAGGUGUGUUUCACACCUGAGGUGUGUUUCACAUCUGAUUUCCUCAAAUAGUUGUUUGUUUGGGUUUUUUUUAAUUAUCAUGGCUCUCCCAAGAGAAGUUUUGGAGGGUGCUUUGCUGACUGGUGGAUGCAAUGCACAUGAUGCCCCUGGCACCUGCUGUCAGUGUGUUGCAAGAGAAAGGGCCAGUCACUGACCAGUCACUGGUUUCUGAACAAGUCUUACUUUUUUCAGUCCAAAAGAAAGGGAUCUAAGAUACUGGUUGGUAGGUUACAUAAAGUGUGUAUGUUAAAUGUUCAGUUUAUGUGUUGUAUAUAUAUAUAUAUAUAUAUAUAUAUAUAUAUAUAUAUUCAGUCAGGAGUCUGGAAUUACUCCAGUAUGUGGAUUAAAAGUAAACUAUUACGGAUGAUAAAGCACUAAAUAAAACAUAAUAUAUAUUUAUGAAAAUGCAUAAAUGACAAAUCACUGCAACGGUGCUAUAUAGGAGAAUAAAUAUAUAUAUAUAUAUAUAUGAGGAGAUACACUCUGAGAAAGCAAAGGGUCUGCAGUUGUGUAACUAGUGCCUGCCUGUUUUCUCCCACAACUUGAAAGGCCAGAUUUUUCCCUAAAGUCUCCUACCCACUGUGAUCAAUGCUAUUGUCAAGGAAUAUUCCUAAAGCCAGAAAACAGCCUAAGGCAAGCGUGGAAGUCAUUUGUUCUAGCACUCUGACAUUCAAGUUACUGCCUGCAUGGUUGACCUUCUGCAGCAUUCAAUGUGUAAUUAUUAUGGUUUCAGCAUGUACAGUGACUACAGGUUAGUACAUUUAUUUUGCCAGGUGUGGCCUUUUAAUGUCACUUCCAGAUUUUGGUAGUUUCACUGUGUAUGUUGAUGAGAGCUUGGAAGUCAGUGGUGGAGAUAAUCAUGGUUUCAGUGCCUGCACGUCUAGAAAUACGGUUUUCACAUGUGAAUCUCUGAAGGAAGUUUAGUGAUUUGAUGGCAUAGGUAAGUGGAAGAAGAAGGAUUAAAAAAACACCCAAAAAGGAAGAGAGAUGCCAUCUAGCAACUGCUAUCCUUUCUCUAGCACAAAGUUAUUUCUAUUAAAGAAAAGGUUGACAAUGUAAAGACUAAGAAACAAAUUUGUGUUCUUUUUUGAGAACCAGUGCCUUAUUAAACGUGUAAAUACUGUAAUUAGAAAACCUGAGGAAAAAACUGUUAUGUUGUAUUUGUUCAAAUUGUAUAUGGUUCUUUUAACAUUCCCCUAAAUAAAAUUGUUAACA